AUGGACCCCUCGGUGCCGUCUCUAGGGCCUUUAGACCUUCCUACACCCUGUCUCCUCGAAAACGACGCCGCCACCUUCACUGUGGGAGAAGUAUCACAACAAGAAUGCGGAAACUGUCUCCAAAAUGAUGGACCUUGGGCAAAGUGUGUCCGUUAUCACGACAUCGAUCCUGUUUUCCCAGCAUGUGGCAACUUUGUCGAACGUUUGGAGGAGUAUGUUCACCGCAUGCAGGCAGAGCUUGGGCUGCAUGAUUCUCAAACUGCCGCCAUCCACAACGCAAUCAUGGCAGAAAACCUCGCCGAGCUUGUCGUUCCUGCACGGGCCUUUAUCCCAACCACAGCCGACGACCACCAGGCGCAAUUCAAUCGCAUGCUCAGUAUGAUCAACAGUGUCAAGGAGCAGUUAGUCAAUAUCCUACGCACUUAA